AGUGUUCUUCCGGGUGCGUUGCUGCAGGUUCAGCUCACAUGUUCAUCAGUUUUGAAUGCUUCAGUGUGGUGUGGUGUGAGCAGUGGUGCUGGACGCUGAGACGGGAGCCCAGGGAAGCUCUGAAGCCAUGACAUGGGUGCAGUGACCUAUGAAGACGUGCAUGUGAAGUUCACUCAGGAAGAGUGGGCUUUGCUGGAUCCUUCCCAGAAGAGCCUCUACAGAGAUGUGAUGCUGGAGACCUACAGGAACCUCGCUGCUAUAGGCUCCAGUUGGGAAGAACAUGAUAUUGAAGAACAUGGUCAAAGUUCUAGAAGAUUUGGAAGCCUUGAAGAAAACACCUUUCUUGGUACAUCUAAAUUUCUGAAUGCGUGAUAGCUGUCAUACUGAAGAGAAACCUGACGAAUAUACUGAAGGUGAUAAAACCUUGACAUAUCCCAGUCACCCUCAAAGACAUGAAAUAAUUCAUAC